AUGUCUACAGCUAUCGACCAAAAAGCUUACUUGCAAAAGUAUCUAGGUGGACCAUCAGGAGAUAAAAAGAAGAAAAAGAAAAAAGUUGUUAAAGGGAAGGGGUUUAAGAUAAUAGAUGAUGACAUAGACUUAUCGAAAUUACGGCCACUAGAUGGUGAUGAAUUGGACAUUCUUGAUGAAGGAGAGGAUGCCCCACAGAUAGCUGGUAUUAUUGAUGAAAGACCAGAAGACAUAAAGAAGCUAGAACAAUUUAAAACUAGCUCCAAAUGGAGGGUAGUUAAUCAGGACGACGGGUUUAAUAGCAAGCUGCAAAUAGAAGAAAUAAAGAAAGACAUCAAAGAAGUUGAAAAGGAGAAUGAACUAAUAUUUGGUAAAAUGUACAGCGAUUCAGAAGACGAGAAAAAGAAUGAUUCUGAUCCAUCACCACCAAGAAAAAACACGAAAGAUGACCGUAACAAGGCUUCCAAAGCAGUAAAAAAAACUCAGAAUAAUAGCGAUAGUGAUUUUAGUCCGCCUAGAAGAAGAGAUAAUGGCUCCCCACCAAGAAAAUCUAAAUCAAACAAUGAAAACUAUGAUUCUAAUUUAUCUAUUCCAAGUAAGAACGAAACUAGGGAGUCCAAGAGUAAACAAAGGAAACCCAGCCGCUGGGAACAACUAGAUAGAGACAAUGAUAAAAACUCAAGACAAAGGUCGCCCAAUUCCGAUAUGUCACCAAAAAGAAAAAAGCAAAAGGGAGCACAAUCGCCAAACAGAAGAAACAAAGCAUUAACAAGAUCCCCUAGUUCUGAUAUAUCACCACCUAGAAAGCCAAAGAAAGUUGACCGAAGCAAAAACUAUGACUCGGAUUUAUCACCUCCAAGGAAGUCCAGGAAAGACUCACCUUCACGCAGAUCACCAGAAAAGAACAAGAGAAAACAUGAUAGUGAUUCAGAUUUAUCUCCGCCAAGAAAAUCGCACAACAGUAAGAGGGAAGAAGAAAGAAACUAUAAAAGAAGCAGCGAAAGCCCACCUCCAUCUAAUAAGAAAAUGGCGAAAACUCUUGAAGGAAAGAAAGCUGGUUUGCAAGAUGCUGAACAGUUGAGGCAAGAGAAUGAAGCCUUUAAGAGAAGGGAAGAAGAGGCAUUUAGUAAACUGGCAGAUGAUGUUUCUGGGAGGAACGCAAAAGCGGUAUCUAGAAAGGCUAAAAGAGAAACAUCUGAAGAAAGACAGAAGAAAAAAGAAAAAGCAGAGAGACAGAAAGAAUUGGAUGAGAAAUAUAAAAAAUGGAACAAAGGGAUUAAACAAAUAGAGGCACAAGAAGCCAGAAUUCAAGAAUAUUUACACGAAGCAUCCAAACCGCUUGCGAGACAUAGGGACGAUCGGGACUUAGAAGAGAGGUUAAAGCAAGUGGAGAGAGAUGGUGACCCAAUGCUGCAGUACAUGAGAGAGAAGAAAAUUGAGAGGGGAGAAUUAGGACCUGAAAAGCCAAAAUACAAAGGCAAUUUCCCUCCGAAUCGGUUCAACAUUCGCCCAGGUUACCGCUGGGAUGGAGUGGACCGUUCCAACGGAUAUGAAAAGAAAUAUUUCGAACAGCAGAGCAAGAAGAAAGCGCUCGAGGAAGAAGCAUAUAAAUGGAGUACGGAAGAUUUAUAA